ACUGAGACGAAGAAAAGGGUCGUGAUUACCGGGUCGAACUCGGGGAUCGGGCUCGACGCGGCGACGAAACUCGCGGCGAGCGGGGACUGGGUCGUCGUGUUGGCGUGCCGAACGCGCGCGAAGGCGGAGGCGGCCAAGGCGAAUAUAUUGUCUGCGACGAACGCGGACGGGGCGAACAUCGAGUGCGUCGAGUGCGAUUUGUCGAGUUUGGACUCGGUGCGCGCUUUCGUGCGCGAGGUGAGGAAAACGGGCGGUGUCGACGCUUUGUGUCUGAACGCCGGCGUGGAAUACAGCGGCGAUCCCGUGGUGCAUCGAACGAGGGACGGUUUCGAGGAGACGUUCGGUGUGAACCAUUUGGGGCACUUUUUGCUCGCCAACUUGUUAUUGGAGGAUCUCGAAAAGUCGAGCGAGGCGCAUCCGCGAAUCGUCGUGACGGCGAGCGAGGUGCACGACCCGGCGUCGCCGGGAGGAUCGGUGGGCAGCGGCGCGCACAUCGGCGACUUGCGAGGCCUCGAACGCGACGGCGCGGCGUUCGAGAUGGCGGACGGUGAAGCGUUCGACGCCGAUAAGGCGUACAAAGACUCUAAGUUGGCGAACAUGCUCUUCAUGUACGAGCUCGAGCGACGCCUGCAGGCGAGAAACUCGAAAAUCACGGUGAACGCGUUCGGUCCGGGACUCAUCACGCGCACCGGCUUAUUUCGCAACCAAAAUCCUCUCUUCGUCAAAGUCUUCGACUUCGCCACGAACGAGAUUUUCCACGUCGCAGAAACCGUUUCCGGAGGUGGGAACUGCUUAGUCUUCAUGCUCACCGACCCUUCGCUCGAGGGCAGCGGGGGCGUGUACUGGAACAACGAUUUGUCGCCCGGCGCGCCGCCGUCCCUCGUCGCCGCCGGACACAAAUUCGCUCAAACCAACUCUUCUGUCGAAUCAAACGAUGCCGUCGAAGCGCAAAAGCUUUGGAAGCUCAGCGAAUCGCUCGUCGGGUUGGCCUAG